ACUCUUUUGUUUCAAAGUAGUUCAACAAACUGCCGCUAGGUGCCUUUCCUCUCCAAAAUCGUCAACAAGAUGAUGUCCUCACCUGAUGCCAACGUUAAAGACGUGAACCAGCAGGCGUUCACAAAGGCUUUUGCCGAAUUUCUGAAGAAGUCCGGUAAAGUCAAGGUUCCUGACUGGUCAGAUCUUGUAAAGACAGCAAGAUUCAAAGAGUUGGCUCCUUAUGAUGAUGAUUGGUAUUACACUCGUGUUGCGGCCAUUGCCCGUCACAUUUACAUGCGCUCCCCAGUUGGUGUAGGUACCAUUAGGAAGAUUUAUGGAGGACGCAAAAGGAACGGGACUGCACCCUCACACUUCUGCCGUAGCUCUGGUACAGUUGCCCGCAAGGCUUUACAAACGCUGGAAACUUUAAAACUAGUUGAAAAGGCACCUAAUGGUGGUAGGAGGCUGACAUCGCAGGGCCGUAGGGAUCUUGACCGCAUUGCUGCUCAGAUGAAGGCAAAUGCCAAGGCUAAGGCUGUACCUGCUGUCAUUGGAGCUGAAUAAAGUUCAUUUAUAAGAA